UAUAUAAAAUAAUCUCUGCACUUGAUAGAAACUAUACAAUUGAUUCCCGUAGAAGAAUUAUUAUAUUCUACUUAUUGGAUUUGUUUUUGUUCUAAACGUUCACUCAAUAAUUCAACGCUUUCCAGAUUUCUAUAUAACUCAGUUCGUCUCUGAAACACCCAUCUAAAAAUUCUGAGUUUCGAGGAAAAUGUGUGAUUAUUCGUUCCCACUAUUAAUUGCUAGUAACCAUAUUAUUCAUUAAGUUCUUUUUUUUUUGAAGAAGAACAGUGUUUUUUCCGCCAUGCCUGAAUUCAUAGAGCUCAACUGUGUGGAUCUCUCAGAGCCAGACCUCAACAAAUCAGUCUCUCUUCUCAAACACGCAUGCUUGGACUGCGGAUUUUUCUAUUUGGUGAAUCAUGGAAUUAACCUGGACUUCAUGGAUGAGGUGUUCUCACAAAGCAAGAAAUUCUUCGAUUUGCCUGUCGAAGAGAAGAUGAAGGUUUUGAGAAACGAGCAACACAGGGGUUAUACUCCUAUGUUUGAUCAAACUUUGGAUCCUGAUAAUCAAGUAGGAGGAGAUUAUAAAGAAGGAUAUUUAAUUGAUGUUGAAGUUCCCAAAGAUGAUCCACCAGCACAAAGAUUUUUUUAUGGACCAAAUUUGUGGCCUUCAAAAGAUUUGUUGCCAAGAUGGAGGGAAACUAUGGAGAAGUAUCACCGAGAAUGCCUUGACGUGGCUAGGUUAGUUGCUAGGCUUAUUGCCCUAGCGCUCAACCUAGAAGCUCGUUUUUUUGACAAGCCAGAGAUGCUUGGUGAGGCAAUGGUGACUUUGCGACUACUACGCUAUGAAGGGAAAGCUUCUAAUCCGGAAAAAGGCAUUUAUGGAGCUGGGGCUCAUUCUGAUUGGGGUUUCCUCACUCUUUUGGCAACAGAUGAUGUCUUUGGUCUCCAGAUAUGUCGGCACAAAGAUGCUCAACCUCGGGUAUGGGAAUAUGUAGCACCAUUGAGAGGAGCAUUUGUAGUAAAUCUUGGUGACAUGCUUGAGCGCUGGAGCAAUUGCAUCUUCAGGUCCACAUUGCAUCGAGUGGUAUCAAAUGGUCAAGAGCGCUACUCCAUAGCGCUCUUUGUGGGGCCAAGUCACAACUGUCUUGUCGAGUGUUUGUCUACAUGCAAAUCUGAUUCUAACCCUCCCAAGUAUCCUCCUGUGAAGUGUGAAACAUACCUGCGUCAGCGAUACAUGGAUACGCAUGCCGACUUGAGUUUGUACAAUCACAAGACUGGCUAAACGACUGUUCUCAUGAUUUGCAUUGUUUGUCUGCUUCUGUAACUAUUGUGGAAUAUGGCAUAAUACAUUAUUCAAACUAAUAUAAGGGAUAUUUAUGGACA